UCACAACCUUGACUUUGACAUUGUGUACACAUAAAAAGGACAGUGGAAAAAAGCAUAAGAAAAAUAACAAAAUAUUAGCCAUAAAAGAAGCAGUGCAAUUCAAAUAAUCGGGCAAAUCGUAGCAAACCAAAAACAAACACAAAAACCAAACAAAGCAAUCAAUUAACAAGUAUCCGCGGUCGCGGGUGAAUUGAUGAGCAAGUAAGUGACACAAAAUGAAUAUGCCAAAUGAGGCGCGACGUUGCUCAUACGCCAGGGAGUACGAAUUGUACAAAGAUUUGUUAGCAGCCAACAUUUACACAAAGUCACAGGAUACAACAGCGGCAAUUCGCUACACACAAAGUCCUGACUGUACCACAGAGGCACGCUUGGCGACAGCAGCGGUAGCAGCAACAACAACAUCAAUAAGCAACAGCAUUGCCGAAGGUGGCAAUCAAAUGGAAAUUUGUGAUCAAAAAGCGAUGGUCAAAUUGACAAUGAAAGUUCAGCAGAACAAGCAGUGCAAUGAAACCGCAUCCACUACAAAAACAGCAACCGCAACAGCUACUGCAGCAACAACACAAACACACACACGCACACAACAACUUGCCUCCAGCUAUAAUAAUAUGCCACUACAAUUGAGCGAUGGCGGAAGUAGUGACACUGAUGAUGAUGACGAUGAUGAUGAUGACGAGAAUGUUGUUGUUGAAGGGCACUUCAGUCACCACCACCACCACCAGCAGCAGCAGCACGACUACCAUUACAACGGCAACCACAACUCAGUAUCAGACAAUGAUGCAAAUGACGUUGGCCUUGCCGCUGCUGCAUCGUUAACCACGGCGGCACAAGUGUGCGACGACAGCGCGGGUAUCGAGGAGUUGAGUGCUUCGCUGGCGACAGCAGAUAUUACGCAGGCCUCGAGUUUCGAUGAUGAUUGUUAUGUACUACAAACGCAGCCAGCAGCCCAAAUUGAAAUUUUUGUCAACCGGUCGCUGCACUUAGAGAAUAUCAAAUUCUAUGGCUUCGAUAUGGACUACACUCUGGCGGAAUACAAAUCGCCACAAUAUGAGCAACUUGGUUUCGAUUUGGCCAAAGAGUGUCUGGUCAACGACGGCUAUCCCAAAGAAAUUCUGCAAUUCGAAUAUGAUCCCUCGUUUCCGGUGCGUGGCCUCUGGUUUGAUACACUCUAUGGCAAUCUCUUGAAAGUGGACGCCUACGGCAAUAUAUUGGUGUGUGUGCGGGGCUUCGAAUUUCUUAAACAUCACCAAGUUUAUGAGUUGUAUCCGAAUAAAUUUUUGAAACUGGAUGAAAAGCGCGUCUACGUAUUGAAUACACUAUUCAAUUUACCCGAAACAUAUUUGUUGGCGUGUUUGGUUGAUUUCUUCACUAAUAGUUCGGAAUAUAUAAGCGAAAAAACUGGUGUCAAGGCAGGCGAGCUCUUCAUGUCCUUCAGAUCAAUUUUCCAAGAUGUACGACGUGCUAUCGAUUUUGUACAUAUAAAAGGCAAUCUAAAACAGAAGACAAUCGAGAACUUGGAUUACUACGUUAAAAAGGAUCCCCGUCUACCCAUGGUGCUGUCGCGCAUACGCGAAUCUGGUGCCAAGGUCUUCUUACUCACCAACAGCGAUUACAAAUACACCAACAUCAUUAUGUCGUAUUUAUUCGAUUUCGAGCAUGGCGCGAGACCCGACGAGCCACAUCGCAAUUGGAAAACCUACUUCGAUGUAAUUGUAGUGGAUGCAGCGAAACCACUCUUCUUCGGCGAAGGUACAAUUCUCCGGCAAGUCGAUACACAAACGGGUGCCUUGAGAAUCGGCACACACAUGGGUCCACUGCAGCCGGGCAAAGUCUAUUCCGGUGGCUCAUGUGAGGUGUUCACUUCCUUCAUCAAUGCCAAGGGCAAGGAUGUCCUCUAUGUCGGUGAUCACAUUUUUGGUGAUAUUCUGAAGUCGAAGAAGAUACGUGGUUGGCGUACAUUCCUGAUUGUACCCGAGCUGGUGCAGGAAUUACAUGUAUGGACAGAUAAGUGUCAGUAUUUUGCUGAGUUACAGCAAUUGGAUGUUAUGUUGGGUGAUAUGUACAAAAAUCUGGACUCGAGCGCUAAAGAAAAGCCGGACAUUUCAAAAUUGCGUUCAAGCAUACGUGAUGUCACCCAUAAAAUGGACAUGGCUUACGGCAUGAUGGGCUCACUAUUCCGUUCCGGUUCCAGACAAACAUUCUUCUCCAGUCAAGUAUCCAGAUAUGCCGACUUGUAUGCGGCAACUUUCCUCAAUCUCUAUUAUUAUCCAUUCUCGUAUAUGUUCCGUGCACCGGCUAUGCUGCUGCCGCACGAAUCUACAGUAACGCAUGAGCAACGAUUCCACAUGGAGGCACCGCCUAUACAACGUGCACGCAGCAAGAACGAAAGUGUGGAUGGUGGUGCGCUAAGCAUGAUUUCAUCACCUACCGAGAAGGCGCAGGAAGCCAUGGCGAACUUCGAACGUGCGGAUUGCAAAGACGAAGAAAUUGAGAAGCUUGCUGAGGAAAUUAAGUCAAUGAAUUCGGCUGGUACAACCAAUUCCACAGUGCCGCAUACGCGUCCGCCAACACCGCAAAGCGUGACGCACACACACGAUGAGGACUACUCGGAGGAGGAAUCGGAACAAAUGCCCAAAUGUGACUGUCAACGACAGCAAGAUGAUACCGACUAGAAUCUGGCGAAUUUAGUAUGCACUUAUAAAGCAUCGGCAGGCGCCUCGGAAGCGUUUAAAAUAAAUAAAUAAACAAAAAGAAAUGAUGAAGCAUACGAAAGCGUUCGUUUGGGUUCGACGCGCUAGUCGCAUUGUUGCGCUCCAUUUGAUAUUUACUCCUCAAAGAUUUUUUUCAAAGCGACGAUUUUAAAAAUUGAUUUUCCUUUUUUACAUACGCUAAAACUUUAAUUUGUAAAUGUUUGUUUAGUUUAUUAACUAAUGUACCUUUAUUUAGUUUCAUACGGAAUACUUUUUUAUUUUAAUUAAUUUGAAUUAGAAAACUAUGAUU